AUGGCGAACCUCAAACAACUCAUAUCGCCCGAUCAAUGUAUUGCAUCUCUUCAGGCAGAAAUCGUUAACCUAAAGACCGAGACACCGAUCUCCGCAAAAGAAAUACGAAUAUAUCUUACAUCGUGUCCGAGUGUACGAAGAAAAAUUAAGGACAUUGAAAAUGAAAAAAGAAGUCUUAUUACUUCUCUUAGGCUGCUACAAUCUGAUUCUAACUCUGACUUAGAAAAGCUUUGCCAAAAUGAAACUGAAUCUGAAUUAGGCGACGAAACCAUCCAAGCAAACCCGCCAUCUUCUGAUCAACCAGAAACAGCGACCUCAGAGGGAGCAACAGCACGUCCGCAGAAUGGUCAGCAGUUAAAUAUGGCACAUUUGAUUUAG